AUGGCUACUGGUUUUGCACCUACAACUGUUUCUCACAUUCCACCUCCACAGGAAGUUUGCUCAUUUUGCUCUAAUCCAUCGCAUCAGGCGAAAGAUUGCUCUGUCAUAGGACAAUUCUCUGAAGUUCCUCAUGAGCAAGUAAAUGCAACCAUCUCCAGACCGGUUAAUGAUCCAUAUUGUCAUUCGUAUAACCCGGGAUGGAGAAAUCAUCCGAAUUUCUCUUGGCGAGCUCCAGGGAAUCAGGGACCAACUAUAGGAGUGCAUAAUCAGGCACACCCUUUGCCUUCUAAUCAAUCCUAUAAUCCCAAUUAUCUGCCCCAUCAGUAUCAGUACCAGUCAGCUGUUCCUCCAAGAAAUUCUGCUUUUGAGGAUAAGGUUUUAACUGCACUUGGUAACUUGGAAGCAAAUACUCAAUUGCUGAAUUCUCAUUCCCAAUCGAUUGCCAAGUUAGAAGGUCAAGUUGGACAGCUGGCAAAUGCGUUUAAUCAGAGAAAAGAAGGGAAACUUCCCUCCCAACCAAUAGCCAACCCUAAGGGACAAUACAUGGUCGAUGGGAGUGCUUCCGGCAGCACCACCCAUGAGCAAGUCCAAGCGGUUACAACCUUAAGGAGUGGAAGGACAGUCGAUAAUCAGGUUAGGCAGAAAGACACUAAAGAAGGUGAAUCCCGAUCAAAUCCAAAGAUACUCCUUGAGAAUCCAAAAGAUAAGUUCAAAACCACUCCAGAGAUACCUUAUGAGCCUAGAGCUCCAUUCCCUGAACGUCUCAAGGAGCCUCCUAGUGCUGUGAAGCAAGGAGAAAGAUAUCAAGAAAUGAUGGAUGUUUUUAAAAAGGUACAAGUUAAUAUACCAUUUCUUGAUGCUAUCCGACAGAUCCCAUAUUAUGCUAAGUUUCUAAAAGAUUUGUGUACUCAAAAGCGUAAGAUGAGGAAGCGUAGUCCAGAAAAAAUUAUUUUGACCGAGCAAAUAAGUUCUUUGAUACAACAUGUUGUAGCCCCUAAAGUUAAGGAUCUGGGUGCUCCCACUAUUUCUUGUAUUAUUGGAGGCCAUACCAUUGACAAGGCACUCCUUGAUUUAGGUGCAGGUGUUAAUUUGUUACCUUACUCGGUCUAUGAGCAAUUAGGACUCGGAGAGUUGAAGCCCACGACGGUUAUCUUGCAACUUGCAGACAGAUCUGUAAAGAAACCUCGUGGUAUAAUUGAAGAUGUAAUCAUUAGAGUGGACAGGUUCUACUUCCCAGUAGAUUUCAUUGUUCUUGAUACAGAACCUGUCCCAGACCUCGCAAGGUUUAUCCCAGUCAUCCUCUGA